AUGGGAAGCAUUCCAGACCUGCCAAUUCCCAUAUCUCUGGUAUCCGGCCAUUAUUUCCUGUUCUCAGUCGACACAGUGACAUAUCUCCGUCGGGAGCACCACAUUUGCGGCGUGUUGAUAGGGACUCUUCCACAAAUUCCCCAGCAGAAUGUCUUCCUUGGGCUUCCCCUGGAGCUCAUGCCCGAGGAGGCAAGACUACUUGUAGUAAAAGGCGUGGCCUAUAUCGUUGAUGAUGCCAAAGUCCAUGAUGAUCGCAUGCAACACUUAACUAACCAGGACCGGCGUCGGUACCUGCAGAACUUUGAGGAAGAAGGGCGUCGAGCAGCACUUCUACAGGCUGGCCGUAAGGAACAAGAAAGAGAAGAAGCUCUCAAGAAAUUAGAAUUGAGAAACACACAUAAACCGGCAGAAUCAUUACUGAACCAGAGUCCUGUGCCUUCUCAAAAUGCCAUUGAAGAGGGGUCUGAGGAACAACUCUUUCACAGCUCUUGUCAAAGUUCGUCCUCAGUCCCAGCACCUUCCAGGCAACCCCUUACUACAGAAGCUGUUUUUGGAAUUACUCCCGCAACAUCUGAUGGCUUAUUUCCGAAGGCUCCACCCCUUCAGCCUCCCACUUUUCCAGACGUUCCACCGUCGUAUCCACUUUUUGCCCACUUACACGCGAAAGGGUAUUUCCUAUCUCCCGGACUCCGUUUUGGGUGCCAGUACCUUGCUUAUCCCGGUGACCCUUUACGUUUCCAUUCCCACUUCCUAGUUGUCUCUGCGGAGUGGGAUGAAGAAUUCGACAUCAUGAACUUAGUUGCUGGCGGUAGAUUGGGAACUGGUGUUAAGAAGGGCUUUCUUAUUGGGGGUGUGGAGUCAUUCGACGACAGUCAUGUCGAGACUUAUCCCGAUGUUGUGAGGACUUUUAGCUUCGAAUGGGCUGGGAUGUGA